AUCGUCAUGGUUUUGGCUCUCAUCAUCGCGAUUCCCCUGCUGGUCCAAACUUCAAAGACCGAUGCGCACUACGAGAUGAUGGGCACCUGUCGGAUGAUAUGUGACCCGUACAACCCCAAACCGAGCGCCACGGCUCUGGAGGUCAUGCAAGACCUGAGCGCCAUACCUUCUACGACCUUUGUUCAAGGGACUAAAGGCGAGCCGGGUCGGCCGGGGAAACCCGGGCCCAGGGGCCCGCCAGGCGAACCGGGUCCUCCCGGUCCGAGAGGGCCGCCGGGGGAUAGAGGAGAUUCAGGAAAGACGGGGUAUCCCGGGGUAGUAGGUACAGCGCGGACCGAGACCGGCGAUGAUCUGAGCUCUACUAUCGGCAGGGCAAAGAUAGCCUUUUAUGUGGGUCUGAAAAACCCUCACGAGGGAUACGAAGUGUUACGGUUCGACGACGUUGUAACUAACCUGGGGAAGCACUACGACCCGACGACCGGCAAGUUCACAUGCCAGGUGUCUGGGAUUUACUACUUCACCUAUCAUGUGCUGAUGCGCGGUGGAGACGGGACGAGCAUGUGGGCAGACUUAUGCAAAAACGGACAGGUCCGAGCCAGUGCCAUAGCACAGGACGCCGACCAGAACUAUGACUACGCCAGCAACAGCGUCGUCCUGCAUCUGGACUCCGGUGAUGAAAUUUAUGUGAAACUGGACGGCGGCAAGGCGCACGGCGGGAACAAUAACAAAUACAGCACGUUUUCCGGUUUCCUUUUGUACCCGGACUAAUAUGGGAUUGCACCAGUACAUCCCAGAUCUGUGAUAAAAGAAGUAAAGUUCUUUUUAAUAUAAUCAACAGCGUAGAUCAGACCGAAAAGAGGAAGAUGCCAUCCUGCAACGAAGUCUGGAUGAUUCUUUUUUGCCUGCAGGCAGGAAUGAAAUCAUUUCACUUAUUUCCACAAUGUUUGCUGAUUUUCUUUAACAAACAAAAAGUAC